AUGUCAACCUGGGCCUCAAUAUACAUCCCAAAUGGGACGAUAGCUCAGUUGGGAGAGCGUGCGAUUGAAGUUCGCAAGGUCGCUGGUUCGAUCCCGGCUCGUCCCAUUUAUUUUUGCUUUUUUGAUUAUUUUUUUUUGUCUGUCAUAUAUCUAUCAUACAUGAUGAACAAGCAAGGUGUGGAAACUGGUGGUUGUGUUGUGGCCAGAAUUGCGCACCGAGAUGGAAGGACGCCGACAUGUUAA